AUGGCGCGGGCUCGGCCGCCCGGAGGGGACGCGCACUGGAAGGGCGAGCACCCCGGCCCGGCCCCGCCGGCCCCGCCCCGGCGCUGCCUCCCCGCGGGGCCCGCCGACCAGCGGCUCCGGCCGCCCCGGAACGAGCGGCUCCCGUCGCGCCCGGUCUCCGCGCGCUCCGACUCGCGCGGCCCCGAGACCCCGCCCGGCCCGGGGCCCCCCACACGCCCUCGGGCCCCCAGCCCCCGCCUCCCGCCGCGGCGAGUUUGGGGGUCGGUGCCCCGAGCGGGACCUCCCGGGGGACGGCAGGGGCGACCCGGCCGGGCCAGCGCACCUGCCGCCCGGCGCGCAGCCGUGCGGGGCGUCCCGUCCGCCCAGGACGCCGAGACGCCCCCCGCGCCCGCCCGGGCAGAAACCGGGCGCGCGGGCCCCGCUCUGCUCCCCUUCCGGACGGAGCGGAGACAAGGGCGCCUGGAAGGACACCGCCGGCCCGGCCCAAAGGCCGCUCGGAAGCGCGCGGCCUCGGCCCCGCCGCGGGAGGCGCGGGGGCCCCGCACCCGGCCCCGCACCCGGCGCGGACCCUCCCACGGCCGCCCCCGGGGGGACCUCGCCUCCGCGCCCCCCGGCGGUCGGGACGGUGCCGGCCCCGCGGGCUGCCGCGCCGGGUCACCCGACGUUCACAUUUAUCCUUGCGGGCGGCAGCGCGCGGCCUGUGGCGACCCGAGCGAGCUGGCCGCGCCGCCCCGGGCCGUCCACGGCGACGCCCCCACGGCUACGUCCCUCCACGGGGACGACCCCCCAAGGGGACAUCCGUCCACGGCGACGUCCCCCAGGGUGACGCCCGUCCACGGCGACGUCCCCCACGGCGACGCCCGUCCACGGCGACGCCCCCACGGCUACGUCCCUCCACGGGGACGACCCCCCAAGGGGACAUCCGUCCACAGCGACGUCCCCCAGGAUGACGCCCGUCCACGGCGACGUCCCCCACGGCGACGCCCGUCCACGGCGACGCCCCCACGGCUACGUCCCUCCACGGGGACGACCCCCCCAAGGGGACAUCCGUCCACGGCGACGUCCCCCAGGGUGACGCCCGUCCACGGCGACGUCCCCCACGGCGACGCCCGUCCACGGCGACGCCCGUCCACGGCGACGCCCCCCAGGGUGACGCCCGUCCACGGCGACGCCCCCACGGCUACGUCCCUCCACAGGGACGACCCCCCAAGGGGACAUCCGUCCACGGCGACGUCCCCCACGGCGACGCCCGUCCACGGCGACGCCCCCCACGGCGACGCCCGUCCACGGCGACGUCCUUCCACGGCGACAUCCUUCCACGGCGACGUCCCUCCACGGGGACGUCCUUGCGCGCUGACCCGCGCGGCGCUGCGGCCGGGGCGGCCUCCGAGGGACUCCCUGCUUCGGCCUCGGUGCGCGUGUCGUGGCUCCGGCAGAAGCUCCAACGCGCGCUCCGGCCGCGGGGCGUCGGCCCAGCCCCGGCCUCGCGGGACCGCACCCGCCCCCCCCCGCGCCCUCACCGACGCCUGCGCCGCGGGCCGCGCGUCUCCGCGCGAGGCCUGGGUUGGCGCGCGGCCCCGCGGGACCCGGAUGGCGCACGCGGGGCCCGAGGGUGAUGACGGGGGCCCGAGGCACGCUCUGCCUCUGAGGCGGGCCGGGCCGCCCCUGCAGGCCGGGGGCUUGGCGAGAGCUGAGCUGCUGCCGGGACGCGCAUCUUUGGGGGAGGCGUCAGAUUGA